AUGUCUCUACUUUUCCACAGGUUCACCAUUCUUCACCCGGCAACGCGGUUGUGGCUUCUCAUGCGGUACGACAACUGGGAUGCCAUCCUCUUCCCUCGGGACUCGCACAUCCCCAUACAAGAGUUCCGUACGGCUUGCUAUGUGACCUACGACGAGUAUGGCCGCCAGCUACCAACUCUCACCUGCUACAUUGCCUCUCUUCCUCCGGCCGCGCCCUUCCGCAUCUCCAUCCACUCCUGGGCUGUGAAGACGAUGCCCACUGCCGUUAUUGAGUCCAGACGUAAGCCUAAUCAGCGUGUCGUCUACACCGUUUCAGUGAUUGUGGAUGGCACCAGGGUCUUCCAUGACAUCUACAGCCUCUCGUGCAAGUGGCCACAGGAGAUUGUGAACGAGAAACGAUCCAUCGCUGGGCCAUCCCAGCAAUCGAGCCAACGCCGACCUCCCCUCGAGUUUCCGCCUUUCCGCCACAACGUGCUGAUGCAGAACUGCUGGGAUCCGCGCGAGAACAGUGGACGGAUUAGAGUUCUGCUCUCAGAGCAGCUGGUCGGCCAAUCGGAGGGUUCCACGGACCUUGAGUAUGGUGCGACGAAUGAUAUUGUAUGCUUUCUGUUUCAGCAUGCUCCCAGAGAUAUACUAGAGCAAGCUGGCAUUGCCUGGCCAAUCCGGAACCCGCUCUAUUUACCGUCUGUCAUGAGCGAUGCACAUGCACCUCUCGCGCAACCGCCACCAUCAUGCCGCAUGUCGUACGGCUCGGUUCCCGAGGGCUCGACUAAAGCCACCGCCUCGAAGAAAUUCUCAUCCCCUUUUCAGCGACCUCCGAAUCCGGAACCCGGAUCUCGACCGAAUACAGCGCCUGUCCCAGACAUCUCCCAGUUCCCUAAACCGCCGGGACAUGACCGGGGACGAACACGAGAUCAGGGGUGGGAAGAGUUCAUAGCCGACUCAGUCGAAGGCUCGAGCGUGGAGGAGUCUACAAACUGGUCUACCCUACGUGCUAUCUCUAAGCCAGCAACAGAUUCAAUGCCCGAAUGCAACAAUGCAUCGCCACAUCUAUCCGCACAAAAGGGUACUCGGCAAAGUCAGCGUAAAAUCGAACAAGCGAAAAGAAAAAGAGGAAGAAACGAGCCUCAAGGCAAGACAGAUGAUGAGAGGAGACAUGUGUAUGUGACCUUCAGAGAGGACCAGCUUGGAAGGCUUGUGGAAGCUUUCAGCCCUCCAAAACCAAUUCACAAUCCACAUGUCCAGCAUGGACAUAGCCAAUGCCCACAUCGAGGAGUCCCUCAUCCCUCUCCUGUAUUCCCGCCUCACAAGGAAAAAGUGCAAGUGCCAGCGAACUUGCGCCCUUCACCAUCAGCACUGGAGCGUAGGGCCACUCGGAACGACUUCAUCAACACUGCAUAUACCUCGCACGUAAAGGGGCAUGCCAGAGGGAAAGGGUCAAUGACAGGGCUUAUAUGUGCCGAUGAUGAGAGUGACACCAGAAAUGUGAGCGAGAUUCGGGGUCACGGGUCAUAUCCAGCGGGUAGCCACGUCUCAACCACACAUCCCUUCGUGCAGAGACAUUUAUGGGAAUCCUCGAACUUGACGGAUGACGCAUGGGCAACUGACGUCGACAUGCGCGAUGCCCCUACCAUGUUCACCAAUACGGCUCGCCUUCAAAACUCACUCCAGCAGCCCACUUCUGCUGGUAUCCACAGCCCUGUUCCGCCACCCAGUGCUCAUGGAAGUAUCAAAUCCAGAAAAGAGGGCAUGCGCAUGGAAUCCCCAGCUGCAGUACCUGAGACUGCUCCACAUGAUCAGGGUCUGGUUCCUACUCUGGAUGAGACCACCAACUCGCCAUCGGGAGAGGAAGCCGUUAUGCCCAGGGCUCCCGCCCCGACCCCAGCAUCAUUCGCGCAGACUGAUAGUACUAGUGCCAUGGCUGAAUUAGAGAGAGUGGAAUCGGAGUUGUUCACUGCCUUGGGAGAGGAAUUGAACAGCUUUAACAAGGAGAACGCGAGCCCAUUGGCAACGGCGGCCACCGAUGUUGACAUUCUUCCUGGACUUGAAGACUUCAACAGCCCCCCGGCGAAGAGAAGGAGGCCGGAUGUAUUCGGCGGGGAGAGUGAGAGCGGCCGAUGCAGGGAGCCGUUGGCAGAAACGAGGAUGGACAGAGGGAAUCUGCAGGCUCCGCAGAUGCGCGGUGGUUGAAGAGCAUGAAUGGCAGAGAUAAAUUGCUUCAGAAGGGGACGACGACAUUGGAAUAACGAGUUUAUCUUGGCUCUACUUGGCGAGGUUAUAGGGCAUCCUUUGCGUUGGGCUAGUUGCUGCAUAGCGAGCAUGUGUCUUGUUUAACCCUAUGUUUUCUCUUUCAAGAUGAAGGAAGGGAAAUGGCUAAGAGGUUGCAGUGUUGGG